ACUCGUUUUUUGGGUUGACCUCUCACUGGUAUAUAAGCGUGUGGUACGUAGUACGUUCACUUGGAAGCUCGGCCGUGCGUUGAGAAAGAGGCGAGGUCAGAGGCUCGGAAGGUGGUCAGAGAUGAGCAGCGCGGCGGAGGCAUCGGCGGCGAGGGGCGGCGAGGAGGAGAGGUGCCGGUACAAGGGCGUGCGGCGGCGGCGGUGGGGGAAGUGGGUGUCGGAGAUCCGGGUGCCCGGCACGAGGGAGCGGCUGUGGCUGGGCUCCUACGCCACGCCCGAGGCCGCCGCCGUCGCGCACGACACGGCCGUCUACUUCCUCCGCGGCGGCGGCAACGGCGCCGCUGGGCUCAACUUCCCGGAGCGCGCGGCCGCCGCGUACGGCGCCGGCUGCGUGGCGCCCCUCUCGCCGCGGUCCGUGCAGAGCGUGGCGUCCGACGCCGGCAUGGCCGCCGACGCGCAGCUCGUGGCGGCGCGGGACGGCGCGCCCAGGCAGUGCUACGCGGAGGCGCGCGCCGGCGCAGGCGCUGCGCAGGGUGGCGCGAACGCGCGGCACGCGGAGUUCCAGCACGACGGCGCGUACGCGUACACAUAUACGGGGGACGGCGGGGACACCACUGGCGGCGGUGGCAGCAGGGGGCAGCUUGUCUCCGGCGAGCUCAGCGUCGACGACAUGGAGAUAUUGAUGUAAAAUUGAGCAUACACCAUCACCGGUAGUCCGGUACUACGUAGAAUUAGCUGAUGCAAUAAAGAUCGAACACCGGUCGCAGUUGGCAAGGUUGAGCCAUUUGAAAUUCGAAAA